AUGCGCCUUAAACAGGAGACGUUGGACACGUUUUUGAACCCAGUUGAGCCUGAAGGAGUCAGCCGCGGAUACCGCUUUAAAAAACAUUGUGCGGGGUUCGAAUUCAUUGAGCGGAACAUCGGGGCUCUGCAGACGAGCAAAUGGAAGAAGAGAAAAUGCCAAUGUACGACCGAGUGUAGCAGUCGCUGCUCUAACCGCCUUCGCCGUAUCGAAUGUGAUGAAAGUACAUGCGCGUUCGCCCAGUGUCAAAAUCGACCGUGGUCGUCGUACGCAGUGAGAAGCCCGCAUUUGGAAGUACGUCGUACUCUUCGUAUGGGCCGCGGGGUUUUUGCCUUGGUCAAGAUUUUAAAGGGCGACCUCAUCCGGGAAUUCGUCGGCGAAAAGUAUUCGCCGUGUUUGUACACUAUGAAGUACCGUGUGAAGCACUACAUCGAUGCUCAAGAAUUCGGCAACAAAUCACGUCUGUUCAACCAUAGCUGUGAACCGAAUUCUAGGGCGGAGGAGUGGACUGUUGCCGGGAACUACCGUGUUGGAAUCGUAGCUGGACGCGACAUACAAGCAGGUGAAGAGAUCACUUUUGACUACGGUAGCGAGUACUACUUCAACGAAUGCAUGUGUUCUGUCUGCUGCAAAGUUAGCAAUUGA